AUGGAGCCACUGAGCACAGAUGACUCCAUGGAAUUGUUCUUUAACAAAGUAGGCUGCAAGACUGAAUUAUCUGAACACCUGAAGAAAUAUGCAGAAGAGAUCAUAACAAAAUGCAGUGGUUUGCCACAAGCAAUCAUUAUCAUAGCUAGUGUUUUGGCAAGUCAACCAAAAAACUCAGAGCGGUGGUCCCAUAUUAAGGAAUUCUUAUCUUCCAGAAAUAAUAUAUCUUCGGAAGACUUGUUAAGAGAAAUAAUAGGACUCAUCUAUUAUACUCUUUCGGAACAAGUGAAGACAUGCCUACUAUAUCUUAGUUUGUAUCAUGAAGGGUACACAUUCAUGAAGGUUGAUUUGAUGAAGCAAUGGACCGCUGAAGGUUUUAUCACUCCAGUGGCAGGUAAAGAUAUUAACGAAGUUGCAGAGUGCUAUUUUGAUGAGCUUGUUGGCAGGGGACUUGUACAGCCUAAUCUCAAUUUCUCAGAUGAGGUGAUGUUCUAUACAGUGCACUCCACUAUCUUUGAAGUUAUUAAGCACAAGUCCAUAGAAGAGAAUUUCACCACUGUAAUAGACUACUCCGGAACUAUUCCAAAGCUUUUUGCAAAGCUGAGAUAUGUGCGGAUUACAACUGAUAUUGUCAUAAAGCUACCGGUCCGUAUGCAAGGACUAAAAUAUUUGGAAACACUGGAAAUAUAUGCAAGUUUAUUGACAGUUCCAUCAGAUAUCGUCCAUCUCCCGAAACUGCUGCAUCUCCACCUUCAAGGUGAUAUAAAGCUGCCCGAUUAUGUUGGCCAACUGAAAUCCCUACGAACAUUGCAGAGUUUUGACUUGAGAAGCAACUCUGAAGACAAUGUAAAGAGCCUUAGUGAGAUGGCGAACCUGCGUGAUCUUCAUAUAACCUGUUCUACAACAUCGUCUGAUCGUCUGAACAGAAACUUGGUAGCUCUGGCUUCUUCGAUUGGGAAACAUGAAAGCCUAAAAUCUCUUACUCUUGCUCCAGGUGUUUCAUGCCCGAGCAUUUUCACGGACUGCUCCAGUAUAGUAUCUUCUCCACCUGUUUUUCUUGAGAAAUUCGAGUUGUUGCCACCCAUUUGCAUAUUUUCAAGACUUCCUGAAUGGUUUGGACAGCUCCAAAAGCUAUGUGUUCUGAAAAUUGCUGUUAGGGAACUGAGGAGGGAUGAUCUUAACAGAAUUGCUGGAUUACAGGAACUCACUGUUCUCUCGUUGGACGUCAGGCAACCAACUGCAGAAAGCAUUAUCUUCAACAGCGUGUCGUUCCCAUUUCUGAAAUAUCUCAAAUUAAGAUGUUCCGUCCUACGCCUUGCAUUUCAGGCAGAAGCAAUUCCAAACCUCCGGAGGCUCAAGCUAGAAUUCAAUGCCCACAGUCGAGAGCAGUACAGUGAUAUGCUUGCCGGCAUUGAUCACUUGUUAAGCCUCCAAGAGAUUAAUGUACGAAUUGGGGUAGCUCCUGGUGCACAGGACUUUGACAAGAUGGCAGCAGAAUCUGUAUUCAAGGACAUCAUUAGCAAGCAUUUGAGGCAUCUGAGAUUCAACGUACAAAGGGCUGAUUUCAUUGAGGAAGAUCAGAUUCCCCAAGCUCCUGGUUUAGCUACAACUUCAUCUCAUUCAGAUGGCCUACUUUAUAUGCCUACUACGGUGGAUGUCACCAGACAAUCGAGUGAGAUAGAAGUGGUUCCGGUCCCACAAGUGUCCCCACUCAAUGAUGACAAUGUGACAAGUGAUCGAGACAUACAAACAAACCUGCCUCGCAAGUUUGGAGAAUGGGAAGAAUGGAAUGAGAAAGAUCCCUCCACAGGUGAAGGUUAA